AUGGGAAAACGUGUCAUCGCUGAAUGUCAAUGCUGUAGAGCGAUAAGAAGAUUCAUACGUAAAAAUAAUGUCAAUGCUGUAGAGCAACAAGAAGAUGCAUACCUGUUUGAAGAAGCACUGUUUGUAGGAGCAGUGACAUCAGAAAGUCAAAAUGAUGAAUGGUAUGUUUCAACGAAAAUCGAGAAGCAGAACACGAAGCUCAAAGUGGAUACUGAUUCGCAAGUAAACAUUCUCAAUAUUAAUCAAUUGAAGAAGAUUAAACCCCAACCAAGUCUCAAAGAAUCAACUCAUAAAUUAUUCAGUAACACUGCUGUGUUAGGAACAACAGGACUAUGUGUAGAAUCAGAGACAAAUCAAUCUAGAAACUUAACAUUCUAUGUUGUAGACACAAAUCAACCAGGUCUUUUGGGACUCAGAGCAGCUCAGGAACUCUGGUUGAUAAAAAUCGUGGAAAAUACCAUAGUAGACCGAACGGCGAAGAAACCACUCGCACAUCUCAUCAGAAAAUCUUCACUGGUUUGGAUCGUUUGGAGAGAGAAUACCACAUCGAAGCUGAUCCAACAGUUACACCAGUCAUUAAUCCUACUACUCCCUACUAGAACUAUUCCUGCUGCUCUUCGCAGUAGAGUGAAAGAGGAACUUGAUGAUAUGGAAAGGAAAAACGUAAUUUGUAAAGUGGAAGAGCCAACUGAUUGGGUCAGUUCUAUAUGGUUGUGGUGGAGAAACCUAACGGAAAACUUUUCAUUUGUUUAG